CGUACCUCACUGACAUUAUGGCGGCCAUGAGUCUCUGCUAUUUAGUUAUUCGCAUGAAGAUUUUGUACAGUGUUCCCGAAAAUCAGUGGCACUGGAGCGGUCGUCGCCUAGACUGAUGGGGGAGGAGAUUAUGUGUUGACAGUCUUAUGCCUGUGACUGUUACAAUUUCAUCGUGUAAUAUGUGGGACCAGGAGUGGGGAUACUCGGAAAACAACCUUAAUCUCUGUACAAUACCGUAGUAGACGACUGCGCUGAUUCACAGCCAGUAGCUGCUACUGCUCAUUCCUGUCCCUUUUAACGUUAACGAACAAUUCCACUCCCGUGAAACAAAGAAGCUUCCACUAAACUGUUAACGUUAAAUGAACAGAUAAAUGUUUGAAGGAUGAAAUUCACAGAGCAUCUCUCUGCACACAUCACUCCGGAAUGGAGGAAACAAUACAUUCAAUAUGAGGCAUUUAAAGAGAUGCUGUACUCGGCCCAGGACCAGGCUCCAUCGAUUGAAGUCACUGAUGAGGACACAGUCAAGAGAUACUAUGCCAAGUUUGAAGAGAAGUUCUUCCAAACAUGCGAAAAGGAGCUGGCCAAAAUCAACACGUUCUACUCAGAAAAGCUGGCCGAGGCGCAGCGGCGUUUCGCCACACUGCAGAACGAGUUGCAGUCGUCGCUGGACGCGCAACGGGAGAGCAGUGGUGGGCCAGGCCUGCGCCGACGCCGCGCAGUCUUCCACCUCACCCAGCAGGAGCGCUGCACUCACCGCAACAUCAAAGACCUGAAGCUGGCCUUCAGCGAGUUCUACCUCAGCCUGAUCCUGCUGCAGAACUACCAGAAUCUGAACUUCACAGGCUUCCGGAAGAUUCUGAAGAAACAUGACAAGAUCUUUGAGACGACACGGGGUGCGGACUGGCGGGUGGCACAUGUGGAAGUGGCGCCCUUCUACACCUGCAAGAAGAUCACUCAGCUCAUCUCUGAGACUGAGGCCCUGGUCACCACAGAGCUGGAGUGUGGCGACCGUCAGAGGGCCAUGAAGCGGCUGAGGGUGCCCCCUCUGGGUGCAGCUCAGCCUGCACCUGCGUGGACCACCUUUAGAGUCGGCCUAUACUGUGGAGUCUUCAUCGUUCUCCUUGUCACAGUCAUCAUCACAGGCGUGGCGAAGAUCCUGACCGAAGAUCCUCCUGGCGAGCGCGUGUGGCCGCUGGUGCGCAUCUACCGUGGCGGCUUCCUGCUCAUCGAGUUCCUCUUCCUGCUGGGGAUCAACACCUAUGGCUGGAGGCAGGCAGGAGUCAACCACGUGCUCAUAUUCGAGCUCAACCCCCGCAACAACCUCUCCCACCAGCAUCUCUUCGAGAUUGCGGGCUUCCUGGGUGUGCUGUGGUGCGUGAGCAUCCUGUCGUGCCUCUUCUCCGCCUCCCUGCACGUACCCAUGUCGGCCAGCCCGCUCAUGCUCUACGGCUUCUUCUUCAUCUUCCUCAUCAACCCCUUCAAGACCUGCUACUACAAGUCCCGCUUCUGGCUCCUCAAGCUGCUGUUCCGGGUCGUCACGGGUCCAUUCCACAGGGUGGAGUUUGCAGACUUCUGGCUGGCUGACCAGUUGAACUCUCUGGGGAUGGUGCUGAUGGACCUGGAGUAUAUGAUCUGCUACUACAGCAUGGACUUCGACUGGACCAAGCCAUAUAACAUGGACCCAUCAGGACAGAACGUAGGUCAGAGCGAGUGCCACACUUACUCGUACGGCGUGCGUGCUGUGAUCCAGUGCUUGCCCGCCUGGUUCCGCUUUGUGCAGUGCCUGAGGCGUUACCGUGACACCAAGCGUGCCUUCCCUCACCUGGUCAACGCCGGCAAAUACUCCACCACCUUCUUCGCCGUCACCUUCACCGCCCUCUACCACACACACAAAGGCGAUCCUGAGAACACGGUGUUCUUCUACAUGAUGAUCAGCUGUCUGGUGGCCAGCUCCUGCUACACGCUCAUCUGGGACCUGAAGAUGGACUGGGGGCUGUUCGACCGCAACGCCGGAGAAAACACCUUCCUGAGGGAGGAGAUUGUCUACCCACAGAAAGUGUACUACUACUGUGCCAUAAUCGAGGACGUGCUCCUGCGCUUUGCCUGGACCAUCCCCAUCUCCGUCAGCUCCAGCACCAGUAUACCUCACAUCUCCGACAUCAUCAGCACCAUCCUGGCUCCACUAGAGGUCUUCAGACGGUUUGUGUGGAACUUUUUCCGUCUGGAGAACGAGCACCUGAACAAUUGUGGUGAGUUCCGCGCAGUGCGGGACAUCUCGGUGGCGCCACUCAAUGCAGAUGACCAGACACUGCUGGAGCAGAUGAUGGACCAGGAGGACGGCGUCCGCAACCGCCUCGGCAAGAAGAACUGGAAAAGGAGCUACAGCAUGUCCCUGAGACGGCCGCGUCUAGCCUCCCAGUCUAAGAUGCGCGACACUAAGGUCCUCAUCGAGGACACGGACGAUGACACCUGACAUCUUCCUCCGCGGGGCCUCAGAGGCUCCGCCCUAAAGACCCCGGCCCUGUGGAGGCCAAACCUCUCUCAGCUAUUCAAUCAGUCAUCACAGAGCGGCCUGUCCACCUCCACACCCACACACACUGCCCAGUAACACACACACACACAUCCCAAGUGACAUUACCAUUAUAUUGAGAGAGAGAAACUUCCACAGUCGCAGAGACUGCGAUUUUACAUUCAAGGUGACAUUUAGAUGUAAACACAUACACACACACACACGCACAAUCAGGUGACACAUUAGUGACAGCCAUGCCAACCAAGUAGCAAGAGGGUACAUGAGUGCUCGCAAAGAAUUUCUGAGACCCAGGAAGCCAAUAGACACAUUUGUAAAUACUGAUUUCUCAAAGACCAAGAAUCAUAAACAUACUGUAAACACACUUGCGCAGACGCAUCAUAUUGUCACAGACACACCUGGAUUUGCUCACACACACACACACGAACAUGCCACUUUUUUCCAUUCCUGUUUUUUUGCUCAUCUGUUGCUGCCUUGAGUAUUUUUUUUCAGAGGAGGGUGAACCUUUCUAAAGACUGCUCAGAUGUUGUAAAUAUCACAUGCUACAUGGGCAACUAUUGUUAUUAAUCAGUAAUCAAAUAAUGUAAUUGACCUGGGGCAGAGACUCCUCAGGCUGGACAAUGAUCUCUCUUUUAAGGCAAUCAGUCUGGUCGUAUGCCAGUGUCUGUGGAUCUAUUGUUUUAUGUGAAUUUAUUUAAAAAUUUUGGAUGAAGUCAAAGAUGAAGACAAUAAUUGCUAUUGUUACUGUGGCAGUCCCAGAUAUAUGUAUGCCACCCUUUUUUUCUUUUCUUUUUUUUUUUCUGAAAAUAGGUUGAAUGUACAUUUCAUUGUUAUUUAUGUGAAGGAAAUAUGCCUUGAACGUUGCCUAAGGAAGGGGAUGUUUUUAAAAUUUGGUGAAGGUUUCUAACCCCCCCACCCCCCCUCCAACACACACACACGCAAGCAAGUCCUCUCACAGCAUGGUUUUUACAUGUGAGGAAACCCACAGGUGGCAUCCAUAGGCUGACUUUCCAUGGACUGUCCCUUCUCUGCCCUUAUAUCUCACUGGAGAGUGAAUAGAAGAGCUGUAUUCUCUGGAAUUGUUUUUUGGCAAAUGUCAGAGAAAUGCCUCUUCACUGUUCGCUCAGUGCUGUGUGGACAGAGCAUCACUGACGCUGAGGUAGAGGAACAUGUUUUUUGUUUUUCAAAGCAAGCCAAACAUUUUUAACAUUCCAUUAGCAUUUUGGGGAUAACUGGGAGCGUAAGACCUAUAUUCUGAUGUGUUGAAGGCAUGUCACUUGCCAAAUAUUCCCCCCACAGUGGUGAAGGUGUUGUGGUCCACCUCUAAAUACAUCGAUCUUAAACCCAAAUCUCAAUGGUGUCUGAAAUGGAACAUCAGUUCACAGUACAUGUACUGUAUAUGUACACAUGUAUGUGUAUGUAUACAAAGCAUUGAUAGUGGCAGCAUUCCAAGCCAUUUCCAUGGAAAGUCCCUGAGGUAGACCUUAUCCAUGUUUUAAUGCACAGGUCUUGCAUCUUUUAAAUGCCACCUGUGGGUUUCUGUAGCACACAUGGAUUAAGAAGCUCUUUGAUGACAUGUCAAAGCACCAUGGUGAAGCUGUUGUGUGAAUUUCAGGGACUAGAUGUUCUGUUCUCAACCUGACCUGUUUCCCAAGAGCAUCACAGGACUCCCCUUCAGUUGUUAUGGAGUGUCAUUUGCAGAUCUCCUUUUGCUACGGUCACCCUGAGUUAUUGAAAGAUGACUUGGUUCUUUGAUGCUCUUGGGAAACGAGGCCUUAAUAUGCUACCUUCUGAUCUGUUCCCCACCUGAAGAACUUGUCUUAAGCAAGUGGGAGGAUUUGUUGCCGAAGAGUCAUCAAGGAAACUGUUGAAGUGAUGUAAGAAGUCUGUUACAUUCCAAGAGAGACCAGAGUAUAUACACAUGGCCAAUCCAGGAGCAAAGAGAAGCCACUUUGAGACACUUCCUAAUCAUAAGCCACAUGCUCACUGAGCUCUCUCUGCUUUGAGUACAGCGCUUCAUUCUGUGGCCUUGGAAACAAUGGGCACUGUAAGACCUGGAGAAAUGACUGUUGCUAGGGUCCUUUAGAGAAUGAUUAAGUCUACUGUACAUAACAUGGACCAACAAGGAAGAAAAGAUUGGAUUUUGUUUCAGGUUUGAAUAAGGAUGACAUUUUGUUUCAAAAUGGAGAAGGACCUUCUGUGAACUCCGUUAGGACUUCUCAUGGGCCAUGGGUUUCUGUUCUGUUUCGUGUGCUUGUUGUACUGUUGUAUUCUUUAUUCCUGGCCACUGUAACCUCCCAGAGGAAGGAGGGCUCUACUUGCAUUUACCCCUCUGUAUGUAAGAAGAGGAAAAACAAAAACAUUGGACUUGUCUCACUCUCCCUGUUACAGUUUUUGAGUAAAAAGAUCAAACUA